GUCUUCAAGGCAUUUAAUCGGGGUGUUACUGUAGUUAGCAUGAAUUAGCAGAUGUAGCUAGUCAAAGGAUGAAAAAUGAAUGUUGUAUGGACUGCAACAUCUCAAUCAGUUCCUUCACAUCUGAAAUUUUCGAAAUACCAUUGGUCCUCUUUCAUUCUCAAAAGAAAAGAUCUCACGAGAACACUUUCAGUCCAGAAAGACCGGUAUAUGUAUACAACUUUGGAAAUUAAAUCAAGGUUCAGGUUAUUGAUAAGAAGAACGUUGAAUUUGGAUCGAGGAAGAGGUCACGUUUUUUUGACGUUUUUAGAAAUAAAUAGAAAUUAAACUAUUAACAGUAUUUGCCUCUUUUACUUUGCAGAAUAUGUCAAAAAGAAAGUAUGUUUUCCUGACACGUUGUCUACUUGUGCUUACUUUGAGCCAAGUAAUCCACGGGGAGGAUAAUCGAGGCUCAGCAAUGUUCGAAGUUAUUCACAACCCACAUAUGGAGCUGACGAGCAUGUUUCAUAAAUCGUUUCACCAAUGUAGUAAAAGUAAUCCGUGCAAUUUUGUGGUGAAGGAUAUGACAACAAACAAGUAUGAAACACACAAUAAGGAAGGAGAUAUAACUCAAGACCGGAGAAAGCUGAUAAUAUGGAAAAGAAAAAGAAAGUAUUCAUGUCUUGAUUGGCGAUACGACUCUGCAAUGAUUAAUGGGAUAUACAGAAUAUCAGAUGAUGAUGGAGUUGAAUUCAAAGUUUACUGCGAUUUCACAUCAGAGCCAAACUCAGUAUGGACCCUGAUCGAAUCGUUCUCUUUAGGAAAAAACGAAUUGUUCAAAAACAAGCCAUUCAAAAUUGAUUUUCCGUACUUGAAAGAUUCUCCAAACUGGAACAAUUACAGACUCAGCAAGACAAGGAUCGAGAAAAUCAAGUCAAGAUCAACCCACUGGAGGGCAACAUGCAGCUUCGAUGUUUUUGGUGUUGAUUAUCAAGAUUACUUCAGAUUCAAACUUUCUGCAUUUGAUCCACUUUGCUGUUACAUAAGUAAAGCUCCUAUACAUGUAGAACUUGUAAACGUUAGAGGGUACAGCGCUACGGAGCAAUUAGUUGAUUUUUGGCAACGUGAAAACGAACAUCUUCACCUUGAUUCCUACUAUAAUGUUAACUUUCAGCAAGCAAGGAACGGAUCUAUAUAUAGCGAAGAUAAUUUUGGACGCUAUUUAUACCAAAAUGAAGCAUUUAGGUGCACUACCAAUACCAGCAGCACCACUCAACAUUGGAUUGGAAUAAACUACCCUUGAUUCAAAAUUUAGACAGGGGCCCCCAUGUCGACAUAAUUAAACAACAACCGUGUGAAUGGUGUUAACAUAAGAAGUAAGUAAACUGUUUAAGAUUCCCUGCGUUGUUUCACAACACGAUAUGCUAAAUAUUCUAUUAUGUCCAAAGUUGAUGCCCAGAUAUGUGCGGCUUUCCCGUCCUGGCAGAAGCAAACAACCCUUCUUAUGCUCUUGGCAUCAUUUUCCCUUAGGAAACCAAAAUUUGUAGCUAUUUAAACAUAGCCCAUCAGACGACUUUGCUGUAUUGUAGAGAUAAAAAUUACUUUUGCUCUCUAUAAAGUAGAGGUGCUUCUUUCAACUGUAGCUACUCUACAUAUCAAGGUGGGCAUUCAAGAAGUAUUGCAGCAGCAUAUUGCUCAGAAAUAUUUUCAAAUAAGAAUUCAGUGAUAGCCUUGUUUUUCCAAAGAAAUGUUUCUACCUUUUCUCUCUUCGCAUUCAAUUUCAUUCCUUAACACAGCUUGUUCUUUGUUAGCUUUAUCUGAAAAUCUAACGAUCUGUGCAAGCUGAGAGGAAGCACACACUUUCUUUACCAGUCAUAUAGAAUAAAAGAAAGCAACAAUUUAAAGGUAGCAAUCAGCUGCUGUGUUAUUUUUGUGCAUGAGCGAAUGAGCGAGACCUGGGGCGUAGGGUGCACAAUUGCUAAUUUCUUUAAUCUGCCAUAAGACUGUUCUAAAGUAAUGUAAUAAUGGCUACCGAUGUGAUAGAAGUAAAAUUCAUUUGUUCAAAAAUUGUAUUUUGACAAUCUGUCAUAAAUUCUUGCCGAAAAAAAUCUAACUAGUUUAGAAAAUUUAGGGCCUAUCUAAAAGGGGGGCUAGGGAGAAGGUCCAAAGUGCCCUGUGAAUAAUGCGACACUGGUUUCAAUAGAUGAAUCCAUUUGAUUGGAGACUUCAAAUUAUUGAUAUAUUCCUUCGUAUCAAAUAGUAUAAAACUUCCAAGCUAAGCAAUUAUCACAAGCUCUUCGGCACUGUUGCACUAGAUUUUUACAUUUUGUUGCAGUAUGUAAGAAACUCACGUAAAUACUUUACUUUGAGUUUAAGCUACAUUUGGUUAUUUUUAAUGUAUGUUUCACCUUUUUUUAUUGCCUUUUUUAUUACAUUAUUUUUUUCACUUGAAUGAUUAUAGUACACUACAAGCGCAGAGAGUUAAUGAAUGCACCUUUUGGAUAGACGUGUUAAGCUGCUUAUUGAAUAUUUUACUGUGCCAUGAUAAAAAUUAAUAUUAGUAAGGAUGUAAUUUCUCUUUGUCAACCUAUAUCCUUCUUAUAGCAUGAAUUUUUCAAUUUAGAUAUCAGUUGCUAAAAGGCUUAUUAGCCCCCUUACUUAUUCUGCAUCUGCCACAAUAACUCUUUACGCCACUGAAACUUUUUUAAUACAAGCGAUAGCUUAGCUGGUAGUUUUCUAAUAAUUCAUUGUUACAUAACUUUAUUCAAAGAUGCUUAAGAUUACAAAGUCAUUAACAGCAUCAUAAGCAAGUUUUAUAUGCCCAUGGGUGGAUCCAUAGUCAAAUGAGACUGAUUUUCAAAGAAGAACAUAACAACGUACAUGGACUGGAUCAGAGGGUGUGGUCGCAAAAAUGACUUUCUUUAAAUUGUGUAAACAACAUGGGCAUUUUUGUAUAAGAACAUCUUGAUAAAAGUUUUAGCAGUUUCUUAAAAUAAAAACUUUAACCAUGAAUUUGCAGUAAAAAGAUUAGAGUUUAGGUACGUAUCAUGUUUUGCAAAUAGAAGAACAAACAUUUCUACAGAAGUGAUGUUUGACUGUUAGCUCUAAAUAAUUAUCGAAAAUCCUAACAAAGAUAUUUAGAUAGUAAAAUUGGUAAGAGAGUGCUUUUAACGUGAAGUCUUGGUUAUUUAAACGCUUUAAUAAAUAGAUUAUUUAAUUGGCAAGCUAGUGUUCUGAUGGCUAAGGUCUUUUUCCAACUUGAUUAAGUUUAGGAAAAUAAUCGAAGGAGAGAAAAGCUAAGUUAGGGUCUCAUUGACAAGGUUUUUCUACCCACAAUCUGGCAUACUGGUAAUCUCACAGGGCCAUGCUAACAUUUGCAUGGCCCAGGGCCUUGGCAUAGACGGGGCUUCCCUAACAGCAAGAGUGGAAGUCCAAAUAUUAUAUUUGUUAAAACUGAGAAAAAAGAAAUUUCAACAGUUCUGAAAAAUUAAAUGAAAGAUGAUAACUUUACCCACAAAAAGUUCAAUAAAUAAGUCGAAUAAAUACAUUGAUCAUUAAAUAUAGGAAAAUUAAAGCUUUCUGCUUAGUUUUUAUAUUUACGUCCUUAAUCAUAGGAAUACUUCCCGAUUUACUUACAACCCGAGGCAGCUCAAAGGAGAAUGCACCCUGAUGUGAUGUGAAAACACAUGGAGAAUGCACCCUGACAUUGAGAAGUUCAGACGAUAAACACCACAAUUCAGUGAAUAUAAUUAGUAUAUACCAAAUUCAAUUGGAUGAAAACAUGUUUAUCACAACAUAAUAAACUACCAAAACAAAAAGUCGCGAUGACAAAACAGAAGUUAUAAAUGAUACUAUAAUCGAGUUCAUAUUAGAUUCUUGAAAAACUCCACAAUGAAAUUUU